ACUCUCAACCUCUUCCAUUGUUAUGUCGCUGAGCAAGGCGGUGGGCGUCAUGGAUCCAGUUGGACAACAACCUCUCACCUCGUCAUCAAUUGCCCAUCAUGUGUCUUGAAAUCCAAGCCCGAGAUUGUUAUUGACUGGAUCGUUCCGUCGAGCCUGACUUGCCCCAGUUUUACGUCAGCAGUUGGCCCAACCAUGGCGCUGGGGAUCCUGGAACCACGCGUGGAGCAUGUUCCUGGAACCGUAUAUGUGUAUGCGGCCGAGCAGAGACAAGCAGAGUUGCUCCGGAGUGCGCAACAUUUGAAAAAAGACAAGACUGGUCGAAUCAUCCUGAACCCACAACCGUCGGCCGAUCCCAAUGACCCUUUAAAUUGGCCCUUGUGGCAACGCGAUAGCAUCCUUGCCAUUCUCUGCUUCGUGUCCUGCGUGGCAACUACAGCCUCUCCACUCCUCGCAGCCGAUUCGGUGACCCUCGCAAUCGUAUUUCGAAGAACAUUUCAAGAUGCGGCACUUCUCACGGCAUAUCACCUCGUCGGUGUUGGAGUUGCAGGAUGGUUAUUUGUAGCGUCGGCGCGAGUAUGGGGCAAAAGACAUCUGUUCCUGUUUGGGGGCUUGCUUAUGGUGGCAAGCUCGGCAUGGGGAGGGUCGACACACAAGAACCUCAACUAUGCCAGCCUACUAUGGAGUCGGGUCAUGCAAGGAGUGGCACUGGCACCGUUUGAGGCGCUUGUGAAUGCGUGCGUGGGGGACCUCUAUUUUGUUCACGAACGAGGCAUCCGAAUGGCGAUUACGAAUACGUGUUUGUUUGGAGGAGCCUUUCUCACCCCGGUCUUUGUUGGCAUGAUGGCGACAGACAUUGGAUGGCAAUGGAGUUUUUAUAUCCUUGCCAUCAUCAUGUCGGCUGGAUUCCUUCUCGUCUUUUUCUUUGUGCCAGAGACGGCGUAUCGCAGAGAUCACUCCCUGGACCUGGACUUGUUGUCAAGCGACUCUCAAGAAGCGAUUCGGCCUUCGCAAAGUUCCGAAGCAGAGAACAGGCAAGAAAAUCCGGGGGAGAACACGGAGGAGGGUACAGGGGAGAAGACAGAAGAGAAAACUGUCCGUACGAGGACGACAGCGGGUGCAACUAAGGUGCCUGCCAAGGCGACAUUUGUUCAGCGGCUGAUGCCUUUCAAUGGGCGCAAGACGGAUGAGUCGUUCUUCAAACUGUUGCUGCGACCAUUUCCCCUGUUCUUCCAUCCUGCGGUGCUUUGGGCGUGUCUACUGCAGGGAGUGAUUAUUGGGUGGACGGUCAUGGUUGGAGUGAUCCUGUCGCUGAUUUUCCUGGGACCGCCACUAUUUUUCAACGAAAAAAAGGCAGGGUACAUGUACACGGCCGCGUUUAUCGGGAGUAUGCUUGGUCUGCUGUUUUCUGGGAUCUACAGCGAGUUGGUGACCAAGUACAUGAUUCGACGCAACAAAGGCAAGUAUGAACCAGAGUUCCGGAUCGUGCUGGUCAUCCCAACGAUGAUAACAUCGGCGAUUGGUCUAUAUGGGUUUGGGAUUACGGCAGGAGAUGUGGCUCGAUAUGGGUGGAUCGUUCCGGAAGUAUUCCUGGCGUUCAUCAUUGUGUCGAUGGUGAUGGGGGCGAUAGCAUCGGCGCAAUACCUACUGGACGCACACCGAGAGAUUGCGGUGGAAGCUUUUACCAACCUGAUCAUCUUCAAGAACAUGUUUUCAUUCAUCCUGGCGUACUAUGCAUACGACUGGGUGUUUGCUAUCCGGAUUCGACACCUGUUUAUCAUCUUUGGGAGCAUCGAGGUCGCCAUCUGUGCGUUGAGCAUUCCGAUGUAUGUGUUUGGCAAGAAGAACAGGGCGUUGUUCCACCGACACGACCUGUUGAAGAUGACGAAACUGAGGUAAGGUAAUGAGGAUGGGCGAUGAGGAUAUGGAGGUUGAAGUGCCAAUGGGCCAUGGAUGUCGAUGGCCCCAACCCUGGUUAUCUACGAGUACUCCGUACUCGCAUCUCGAGUACUCAGUAUCAGCAACCCUGCUAUUCCUGAACUUUUAGCAUGCAUUUUAUUUCACUGUCCUUUGCACUAAGUUAGCUAAUCAUGCCUUAUCAUUGCGGGGAAUAAUUGUCCGAAUUGCC